ACAAAUACAGCAACAUCAAUAGGAUUAUCAACAGUUUUUUUUUUAAAGCUAUAAAUAUUUCUUCAUUUAUUUAUCAAUAUUAAUUUGGUUACCUGGUAGCAGACUUUUUCUGAUAAGUAUAUGUUUAUUUCAAGUGCCGGUGCCCUUAAAGACCCAGAAUAUGGACCCUGAAUAUGAGAAACGUCUUUUACGACAACAAAAUGGACAGAACUCACCGUAUUCAUCACCAAUUCCAGGAAGCAGUCCGGCAGCUUCACCAAGCAAAGAGAAAUAUGGAGACCGUUUCAUUCCCAGCCGAGCCGGUUCCAACUGGAUUGUUAACUUCAAUAUGAUUCAGGACAGUCCUCCGUCUCUCAACCAAACCCGCAAAGCCAAAGAAUCGAACCCCGAUGGCGGUAAAGACGGUCUUGCCUACACUUGUCUCUUGAAGAACGAACUUCUCUCGGCUGGGAUUGAAGAUAUCAAGGACCAACAACCUGACGACCGACGAAUUCUUGUUCCCAAGGAGAGUCGUAACUUGUUUAAGUAUUAUGUUCCCCGCCGCAGCCCCGAUGCUGCAGAUUCAUCCCCUUAUUCUCUGUCUCCUGUCGGAAGUAAAAGUCAAAAGCUGCUGCGUUCACCUAGGAAGGCCAUGAGAAAGAUAUCAAAAAUUCCCUUCAAGGUUCUUGAUGCCCCAGAACUCCAAGAUGAUUUCUAUUUGAAUUUAGUUGAUUGGUCAUCACAGAAUGUUCUUAGUGUUGGUUUGGGCACUUGUGUUUAUUUAUGGAGUGCGUGUACUAGCCAGGUGACCCGACUUUGUGACCUGGCUUCUGAUGGAGAUUCUGUAACAGCUGUAUCUUGGGCUGAAAGGGGUCAUCUGGUUGCCGUGGGAACCCACAAAGGUUAUGUCCAGAUUUGGGAUGUAACUGCGAACAAGAAAAUCAACACACUGGAAGGUCACACAGCUCGCGUUGGAGCACUGGCUUGGAACGCUGAUAUAUUGUCUUCGGGCAGUAGAGACCGUCUGAUCCUUCAAAGAGAUAUACGCACCCCUUCUUUAGCCCCAGAGAGAAAGUUGACUGGACACAGGCAAGAGGUCUGUGGUCUCAAGUGGUCCCCUGACCACCAACACCUGGCCUCAGGUGGCAACGAUAACAAACUGUUUGUAUGGAAUGUGACCAGUGUGAGCCCCGUGCAGACCUACACGGAACACCUAGCGGCCGUUAAGGCCAUAGCCUGGUCCCCACACCAACAUGGUCUGCUGGCCAGUGGCGGAGGCACAGCGGACCGCUGUAUGAGAUUCUGGAACACCCUCACUGGUCAGCCGCUACAGUGUGUCGACACCGGAUCACAAGUCUGUAACUUAGCUUGGUCCAAACAUUCUAAUGAGUUGGUCAGCACCCAUGGCUACUCCCAGAACCAGAUUUUAGUGUGGAAAUACCCAGGUCUUGUCCAGAUAGCAAAACUUACCGGUCAUUCCUACAGGGUCCUUUAUUUGGAAUCUAAAUCAGUGUUGAAUUUAUUCACCCGUAUCAGAUGA